AUGCAAAACGAGUUGCACAGCACCCGUCUUCUCAUAAGUAACCUGUCACAAAGAGAAAAUGCUGGUUGGCUUACAACAUUCAUGGAGUUAGACAAGUUAUUUAAAGUGCGUCUCCGUAGUAGUGACAGCAUUCAGAAAAGUCAGCGGUCUCUAGGUCUUGCACUGGGGCUUUGCAUCAUACGAAAGAGUAAGUCCGAUGUAUACUACCAAGAUGUUUGCGGUGGUGGCGGUGGUGGUCGUGGUGGCGGCGGCGGUGGUGGUGAUAACGACGACGACGACGACGAUGAUGAUGGUGGUGGUGAUGAUGAUGAUGAUGACGAUGAAAUUGGUGAUGCCGUAAGUCAAUAAUAACACCCAGAAGCGAUGUCUGAAGACGAACAGAGGGCUGGACGUGCUUCCACACGGUGGGCAGUCCAGUGAGCAUAUUCAAUGAUUCCAGUGCUUUUGUGAUGUGGUCAUGUCAGUAUUGCAGCGAACGGUACUGAGGAGGAUACGUUGCAAAAGGUUGGAUGUUGACUGCGCUAGUCCUUCGUCUUGACAUCCUGCAUUCGGUUAACUUCAAAAGUGCAUCAGUAGGGCAGAUCACCAUGUUUGUUGGUACUGUGUAGGACUUUCAGAAGAUAUUUGUCUGAUAUUGAGGCACCUAAUUAAGGUCCCAGAUUUUCUCUCCCUGCCUGUGAGUGCCACAGAAGGGUCGUUUAGAUGGGCAUAUAUUGUCGUCCUCAUGAUUUGCUGACCACAUCUGAAGUUGGAUUAGUCAGGUUUACUGGUUAUUUCGUGGACCUGGGUGUUAGAAGUCACCUUCUGCCAAACCGUCUUCAAAAUCCUUGUUAGACAGGUUAGAAAAAAACGUUUCAGCUUUCCGUCUAUUUUUUACAAAAUCUCCACUUUUAAGCCCCUCAGCGGGGUGUUGGUAGAGCGACGAUCCGGUAAAUCAGCAGUUUCGCGUUAAGAAAAUGCGAUGGUGAUCCAGACUGGAUAUUUUUACUGCCGUAAAUCUGCCUGACCUUGCAGAUUCGGGCUCCAAUUUUGCUGACGGAAGUUGUCAAAAACCUAUUAUUUUAAUGUUCAUUGGCUUAAUGUUUCUCCUGAAAGCUAUACAGUCGACAACUGUUGGAAGAUUUUCAUGGUGAGCUGCCGUCGGUUUAGUACACUCCCCAGCCAAGAUAUCGAGUAUCCAGUCCUCAGCAAAUAAGACUUCGAGAACAUUGACCUCAGAUGCUUUUAUUUCAGCCUACAUACACCGGAUGCUGAGCAGUUGCUGCAGGUGCGGCAGUCGAUGCUGAAUCCAGGCCCCUGGUCGCGGUAGGCUUUCAUCACUGCGGUACAGAAUAUGAAACUGAAGACGAUGAGAACGAGUACGCAAACCUGCUUCUCCCUACUUGUCACUGUGAAUGCUUCCAAGACUCAGUCAUGCUUCCAUUGAGUCUCCUGAACAGCUGUAACAGCCUCUCCUGACAUCUAAACUGAAUAAUUCAGUUAUAUAGUCAAUCAGUGUUCUAGCUGUUGAAGGUCUUUGUUAAAACGGCGAGAUUUGGUUAUGCAGCCCCCACUCGACUGAUACCAUAUGGUUAGCCUACUAAAACGAUAUUAGAUAACAUACCUAGCUCAGCCACUCGCUGGAUUAGAAAGGGAAAGAGAGCGCACGCAGGGAAGCGAGUGAGGGUGGCAUGUGCACUUUCCCCGACACAGCCUCUCGCUGGAUUGAGAGGAUAGAGAGGCCGUAAUCACAACUGAAAGACCACGGAAGGAACCGCGUGGUAAGUCGCGGUGCAUAGUCACUGUGCCUCUAGACUGGUAGUCAUUUUUUGGAUUCGAGAUGGAUUACUUAGGAAAUCCUGCUUGGACAGUCAACUUACUGUAUCAGAUUUGGUGGAUUCCAUGCGUUGCAGCAGGUUGACCGGGUAACUUGGCCCAAAUGUGAUCAAACUCUCGGCUGCCGAUGGUCCUCAUAGCUAAGGUGGCUAGAGCAUGGCCUGUACCCCAACCUCCCCCUAGGCUGUCAUAGGUUCGAAUCCCAUCGAAACCGCAGAGUUUUUUUGCAGUUGUUCAAAAUGCAUUCAAAAGACAAGUUUGCGAGCAUGCGUUUUCAUUCGAUUAGUUCUCUUCAGACUUGUGCAUUUAUGCUGCUAUUUAAAUAAUUAAUGGGAAAAUUCGGGCAAGUAGAAUUUAUUUGUGGGAGGUUGGCCGGGGUGGGUGAAGUGAAGAACAAAAUUAAAGCCAGUGUCAUGGAAGAGAGAGAUGAUGGGCACUGGGACGGGCAAUUAUAUGCGGGUGACAAUAUAAAUAUACAGAUCUGAAGAGAAUUUAUUGAAAGCAAAUGUAUUCUCGCCAAAUUGUCGUUUGAAUUCUUCAUUGGAAAUGUCUGCAGCUCAAAACGAAUUUUUCAAAAUCUGCCAAAGCACCACUUAAAAUUCUAAUAGUUGAAAAAAUUUUUGUCAGCCCAUAAUGAAAGAAGGAACAAUGACUCACUGUGUAGUGUUUAUGCCUGCUGUAGUCUGCAUAAUAAUUGCUUAGUUAUGAAAAGGUACUCCUAUAACAGGUACUGAAUGGGACCAUUUAAAUUUCCCUUAUUUUCCGAUCAAGCUACAGUCCUUCAAUUUGUUAAAAAUACUCACACAUAUGAUUUUAUUUUCAGAACAAACUGUUAACUAGGCGUCAUAGGCCUGCUUACUUCGUUUCGGGUGUUGAGUUUCUGCAUUACUACAAGGGACUUUUUACGUACAUUUUUAGAGUAGGUUUACGUUCGUUUUGCAUACUUGUUUACCAAUGCCUUUAGGACCGUUUUCUCUACUCAUGGAAGCCCUCUAAUAAGAGUCAUUUUAGAAAUUCGUCCUGAGAAUGCGGAGGGUAAAGUUUAAGGACCAAAGCGGUGGUGAACUCAUCGCUAAAACGUUUGCUUUCCGGCUUUUAGGUACUCUAUACUGACCAACUUAAGCAGGACAAAUCCCUGGCUUUAUCGCGUUCGCAUUUACGACGGCGUAUAGUUUUCUGUCGGAACGUCCUGCUACUACACUUUAAGAUAUCUCUUUCUGGACCUGCGUCUGUCAAUGUUAUUUGAUUCACUCUAGCACUGCUCUGCUGAGAUUAUAGGAUUAUACAGUUAUUCAGUAUGGCUUCAUGAAUUUCAGGUACCGCCAGUCCAUCCUUCAGAAAUCCAGUUCCGCCAGAAGUGCGCAGUUCCAAGUCAAACAUUAGUAUUUACAUCGAAGGGGGGGGGGGGCGAGCGUUUGUACAGUUGUUCCUGAUCUCCGAGGGCGCUGUAUCAUAUGGCUUUCCAAUUCCAAAGCAAUGCUUAAGAUUGCUCAGACAUUCCGUCAUCCUCUAAUGGGGUGAUAUCUCUGAGUAGGUAGGCUGGGGCCCCGGGGUUUGGACGGCACACCGUGCAUCGAAAUUACUGAGGCCAAAACAAAAUGUCAUAUGUCACCGCAAGACUAAUGCAACGGCUGUGUUCACCGGCGUCGCUUUCAUCAUUGAUUACACAUCAGAGCGCAUCAGCGCGCACAUUUUCGCCGUGCACCCAUGGUCAAGUCGGAGAUUAAAGGCCUGACCUUCGGGUUAAAUGCCUGUGUGCGCGAAAACCGUAUUUCAUGCAAGACCCAUGCACUGUGUUUGUCACUUUGACCGCGCCGCUGAAGUCAAGGCAGUGGUCUGUUCAACCAGCGUGGGCUCUGGCUUGAGAGUUAGAACCCAUUCUUUACGCGUACAGCAUGUUCUCUUUCCCUCUAGUUAGAAGUUAACUCUCGAUAUUCUGGCGUAGCUGCGGUCUACAUCCUUGCAGUAAAGGCCGCUCACGGCUCACUCCUUUCCGCGUGA